CUGUUGCAGAUAACGGUUUUGGGAGAUUAUGGUCGAAUGGAGCGGAAAUCGUUCAUGGGCGUUGCACAGAUCCGAUUGGAUGAUCUCGAACUGAGCGUUGAGCCAUUGAUUGGUUGGUAUAAACUCUACCAUAGCUCAAGUCUAGCCGGUACUGGUCCGAUACGCAAAGAUAGCGAAUCUAGUCUUGUAGAAAUGAGGUGA